CAAUCAGAACUCAGAGAAAGAAAUCACAAUCUCUAAAACUCAUACAAAGCCACAAGGCCCAGACCAAAGUGAGAGGAGGAGGGUCAACACUUCAAUUUUCCCUUCAUUUUGCCACUGCCCCUCCUCUGUCUCCCUCUCUUUGAAUUCUCCCAUUAAUAUUCAAUACAAUUCCCCGCUAAACGUUUUCCGUUUCCUUCCCGCUUCAAUUGAAUUCUCAAAUCUAAGGUUAGGGUUCUGACGCUGCCACAAUGGCUGUUUCAACCACUUUCUCCGGUUCCAAAUUGGAGGCUUUGUUGCUCAAGUGUUCUUCCUCUUCUUCAGCGUCGUCUUCAAGGGCAUCAUCCACUGCUACCCAUUUAUCAGUUGUUGGCAAAAACAGAAGAACCCUCAUUCAUAGAGGAGUUAUUCGCUGCGGUGCUGAGGCUUCUGAUGUAUUGAUUAAGACCGAUGAUACAAGCAAUGCUAGCACCCUCUCCGCUCUUGAGCAGCUCAAAACUUCUGCAGCUGAUAGGUAUACAAAGGAAAGGAGCAGCAUUGUUGUCAUUGGGCUCAGUGUGCACACUGCACCUGUGGAAAUGCGCGAAAAACUUGCCAUUCCGGAAGCAGAAUGGCCUAGAGCUAUCGCAGAGCUGUGUAGUCUCAAUCAUAUUGAAGAAGCUGCUGUUCUGAGCACCUGCAACCGAAUGGAGAUAUAUGUUGUUGCUCUGUCCCAGCACCGUGGUGUCAAAGAAGUCAUGGAAUGGAUGUCAAAAACAAGUUCCAUCCCUGUUUCAGAGCUUUGCCAGCACAGGUUUUUACUUUACAACAAAGAUGCCACACAGCAUCUUUUUGAAGUAUCAGCAGGUCUUGACUCUCUUGUAUUGGGAGAAGGUCAAAUCCUUGCUCAGGUUAAGCAAGUUGUCAAAGUUGGACAAGGAGUUAAUGGCUUUGGGAGAAACAUUAGUGGGCUAUUCAAGCAUGCAAUUACUGUCGGGAAAAGGGUUAGAACUGAGACUAAUAUUGCUGCUGGGGCCGUUUCUGUAAGCUCAGCUGCUGUUGAAUUGGCCUUUAUGAAGCUACCUGAAGCCUCGCAUGAUAAUGCCAGGAUGUUGGUUAUCGGUGCUGGCAAGAUGGGAAAGCUUGUGAUCAAACAUUUGGUGGCAAAAGGUUGCACAAAGAUGGUUGUUGUCAAUAGGACUGAGGAGAGAGUUGCUGCAAUACGUGAAGAACUGAAGGAUGUUGAGAUAAUCUACAAACCCCUUUCAGAAAUGUUCAUCUGUGCCAGUGAAGCAGAUGUAGUUUUCACCAGUACAGCGUCGGAAAACCCGUUGUUCUUGGAAGAUCAUGUCAAGGACCUUCCUCCUGCAAGUCAAGAUGUUGGAGGCCAUCGCUUUUUCAUUGAUAUUUCUGUUCCUCGGAAUGUGGGUUCAUGUGUCUCAAAUCUUGAGUCUGUGCGAGUUUACAAUGUUGAUGACCUUAAAGAGGUUGUGGCUGCCAAUAAAGAGGAUCGGCUAAGAAAAGCAAUGGAAGCACAGGCAAUCAUUGCCGAAGAAUCAAAACAAUUUGAAGCUUGGAGGGACUCCCUGGAAACUGUUCCUACUAUUAAGAAAUUAAGGGCUUAUGCUGAGAGAAUCAGGGUUGCUGAGCUUGAGAAAUGCUUAGGUAAGAUGGGUGAUGAUAUCUCAAAGAAGACCCGGAGAGCUGUGGAUGAUCUUAGCCGGGGUAUAGUGAACAGGUUGCUUCAUGGUCCAAUGCAACACUUGAGGUGUGAUGGAAGUGACAGCCGAACUCUAACUGAGACACUUGAGAACAUGCAUGCUUUGAAUAGAAUGUUCAGCCUGGAAACUGAAAUAUCUGUUUUGGAGCAGAAGAUUCGAGCGAAGGUGGAACAAAACCAGAAGUGAGAUUUUCUUUAAUGAUACUCAUUUAUUUCCACCAUUAGAAUAAGAGGAAACAUCCUCAUCAUUUUAGAAUUAAAAAUCGUGUAAUAUUUAGUUGCAUAGUUGAACCAAUAGAAGUUUCCUUGGGGGAGCUUCAAUUGAUUGUUGUGUCUCUGCCUCUGCUUGGCCUACUCGUUUGGGGUUUUUGGGUCAUGUGUUUACACCGUGGCUGGCUUUGUAUUAUAAAAAACGAAGCAGUUGUGGUGGGCUUUGUAUUUACCACGAAUAAUGUUUGCCUAAAUUGUGUACCCUGUAUCCGGAAUAUUAAUUGUAUCUGUAUGAGAGUAUUAACUUUCUAUGCUAAAGACAACUGGUUUAUACGAAA